UGAACACGCAGUGCGCAUGCCUGAACUUUGUGUGUACGGAAGUGAGUUUGUGGCAGCAGCAGCUGGACUGUGCGUGGUGAAAACUGCGAUGUUUAAACACGUCUUUCUGACCGGACCUCCAGGUGUUGGGAAGACCACUCUGGUCCAAAAAGCCUGUGAAGCUUUAGUGUCAUCAGGAGUGGGACUGGAAGGAUUUUACACAGAAGAGGUCAGGGAAGGAGGCAGAAGGGUCGGCUUUGAUGUUGUCACACUUACAGGAGAGAGGGGCCACCUGUCCAGAAUCAGAGAGGGCGCUGGCGCGUCUCACGUCAGACGGGAAUACAUGGUGGGACAAUAUGUGGUUGAUUUGCCUUCAUUUGAAAUCCUGGCCCUUCCCCUCUUCAGACAUACUGGGGCAGCAGACGGGGGCAGCAGGAAGGUGUUCGUCAUCGAUGAGAUCGGCAAAAUGGAGCUUUUCAGUCAGUCCUUCAUCAGAGCAGUGAGGCAGACUUUAGACAGCUCAUCUUGCACGAUCCUGGGAACCAUCCCUGUCCCUAAAGGCAAACCACUUGGUCUGGUCGAGGAGGUCCGAAGCAGGAGAGACGUCAAGGUUUUCAGUGUGUCAAAGGAGAACAGAAACACUCUUCUACAAGAUAUUUUAACAACCCUACAAGAGUGUUUAAAACAUGGCAGCCAGAACCAAUGAAGGGAAAUCUCCAGCAGUUUGCACAUGUUUUUGCUGACGUCUAGCAAAAACAUGCGCAUUCCCCAUGUCUGUGUAUAUACAUUUCACACAAGCUGACUAUUAAGUAGGCCUGUCCAAGGUUAACAAUGGUGUUGUGACCUACUGUACUCUACAGCAAGAUGAGAGGAGAACCAGAGCUGCUGGAAGAAUUAUUGUGUCACAUGUAUGCAUUUAUGAAAAGUAUAUUUUUUGUUUCUCUUACCACCCCAAAAUGGAUAACAUGCUUAAUAAUUGAUUGUGAGAUGGAACAUGACUGGGCAGUAUAUUCAUUUAGCUUUCUGUAUGUUUCUUAUUAAGGGUUCAGUUUUCAAGUCCUCAAGAUUUCCAUCAUCACAGGUGAUGUUUUCUUUCAAUAAAGGAGCAUACAGAGCAGUGACCCUGGUGAUUCUAUUAAUUCUUUCCUGGAGAGGCCUCCCUUGUGUUUACCUUUUCAACCUGAGCCGUUGCUCACAAAGAAUCAAUCAAUAUUUAGUUGUGCAACAAUGUGCAAUCUUUUCUGUGUUUAUUCACCCGCUACCACAAACAAAUAAGAGGAAAUAUGCAGCACCUUUUCUACCCAUGCACAUUUUCACUUUUUGUCACAUUACCACAAAAAAAUAUAAAUUUAUAUUACUGGGAGAUAGAGUUGUGCAAUAUGUUGAAUCACAAUCAUCAUCCAAGUAUCAAUGUGUGCUAAACUGCAGUCGCAAAGAACUACUUGCAUGCAAUAUUUGGCAAUGCCAUGCAUUAUAAUUCUGCAGAUCAGUAAUAUUUUAGUCUUGUUGCACAGACUUUAACUGCCUUCGAUUCCCACACUGUAUUUUUAGUGGCUGAGAUGCUAAUGCAAUACUGAACAAUACAUCACACCAUGCAGUCCGACUGGAAAGAGCAUAACUGAUAAUUGUAAAGUGCUUUAAAAAUGAUGUAUGGUUUUCUUUCUUUUUGCAAAUAAAAUUCUGAAAACUA